AUGCCACGAAUUCGCAGAGGGGCAAGUAAUUUUGGAAGACGUACUCGGCAAGCUCGAGCGAUCUAUGAACGAAGAUUGAAUAGGACCCAUGAACAACAUAUGAUGGACAAUAUGAAUUUGAGAGAGCAAGUAGCAAAUACACGUGCCAAUGAAAGUUUAGAGAGACGUACUCAACGACUGACAGAUAUGGCAUUAAGAAAUCGAGAGGUGCAAGGAAGUGCGACCGCCGCCAUUAGAGAAAAUAAUCAACGACGAGUUAAUAAUCACAGAGCACUGGUACGUGCAUCACUUUUGCGCCUGGCGUUUAAUUAUGAUCCUGAAAUUGAUUAUUCAUCACACUCUUUAAUUACCAUUGGUAAUAUGGACAAAAUGACGUCUUUUGGUGCUACGAAAGUAUUUGAAAAUGAAGAUGGUCGAAAUUUCGAAUCAACAUUUAAGAUACAAGGUCAAGUUUACCACCAAAUCGGUUCAUUGUUUCCCAUGCCUGAUGUGAAUCCGAAAUUCUUACAGAUUUAUUUUAUGGGCGAUGAUGAACGACAAACAAACAUGCGAUGCGAAUUUAAUCACAUACAGCUUAUGAAGGAAAGAGAUAUUACUCUUUCAAGUAGACUAGAAAACGAUGAUUACGCUAUUAUUAUUAGAGCAGACAAAGUGCCGGUUGGAGAACAUGCUGGCGCAUAUAAUGUUCCAACAGUCAAUGAAGUCGCGGUCGUAAUAGCUGGUGAUCUAUGUGAGGGGCGUGAUAUACGUAUACAACGGAGAGAUAAUACCAUGCAGAUAAUACAGGACAGUCAUCGUUCUUAUGAUGCUUUGCAGUAUCCAUUGAUAUUUUGGAAAGGUGAAGAUGGGUACCAUUUGAAUAUUAAACAAAGGGAUCCAAAUACAGGUGCAGAACUUGCCAAAAAAGUAAGUGCCAUGGACUUUUACUGCUACCGAUUAAUGAUUCGAGCUAAUGAAGAAAAUAACAUCCUUAAAUGCAGACAGCUAUUCCAUCAGUUCGUGGUCGACAUGUAUGUGAAAAUUGAGAGUGAGAGAUUGAGAUUCAUAAAGUUUAAUCAAGCCAAACUCCGCGCUGAGGAAUACAUACAUUUGCGUGAUGCAGUACUUGGUAAUGUAGAUGCAAUGAAUGAUAUUAGUCAUAUUGGUACUGCAUAUAUUCUUCCAUCUUCUUAUAUUGGAAGUCCGCGACAUAUGCAGGAGUACAUUCAAGAUGCUAUGGCUUAUGUUCGUGCAUAUGGCAGACCUGAUCUGUUCAUUACCUUUACGUGCAACCCCAAAUGGGAUGAAAUAAAAAAAUUGCUGAUGCCGGGACAAACAACGAUGGAUAGGCAUGAUAUAACUGCACGAGUUUUUAAACAGAAGUUGAAAUCAUUGAUGAAUUUGAUAACGCAUCAUUCUGUUUUUGGUGAAACACGCUGUUGGUUAUACUCAGUAGAAUGGCAGAAAAGAGGUUUACCCCAUGCACAUAUUUUGUUGUGGUUAAUUGAUAAGGUACGUUCUGUAGAGAUUGACAAUAUUAUCUCAGCAGAAAUUCCUGAUAAAAAUGUUGAUGAGGAAUUGUUCGAUAUUAUAACUACUAACAUGAUACAUGGUCCAUGCGGUACUCUCACCAUUAUGUCACCAUGCAUGGUGAAUGGAAAAUGUACAAAACAUUUUCCAAAAUCAUUUCAAAACGAUACUAUCACCGACAUUGAUGGUUACCCCGCUUAUCGGCGACGUGACGUUGACAAUGGUGGACAAUGUUUUGAAUUGCGACUGUCGAAUGGCGGGGUAAUAGAUGUUGAUAAUCGAUGGGUAGUUCCUUAUUCGCCUUUGCUAUGCAAAACCUAUAAAGCACAUAUAAAUGUCGAACUAUGCAGCUCGGUGAAGUCAAUAAAAUACAUAUGCAAAUAUGUUCAUAAAGGGAGCGACAAAGCGAUAUUUGCAAUUAAAAGUAUUAAUGAGAAUGAUGAAAUAACCCGAUAUCAAAUGGGUAGAUACGUCAGUAGCAAUGAAGCUAUUUGGCGUAUUUUUGGUUUUCCCAUACACGAAAGGAAUCCAUCUGUGGUACAUUUGGCUGUGCAUUUGGAGAACGGUCAGCGGGUAUACUUCACAGAAAACAAUAUAUUACAACAAGCUUUGACUGCUCCGAAGACCACUCUAACUGCAUUUUUUAAACUUUAUUGGGUACCUAGAAAACGAGGUAUUCCUGUUUUAGGAUUCGAAGGCAUAUAUAUGACAAACAAUUUGGGUAGAUUGUAUACUGUUCAUCCUAAGCAACGAGAAUGCUUUUAUUUACGUUUGUUGUUGAUUAAUGUUAUAGGACCAAGAUCAUUCCAAAAUUUGAGGACAGUCAAUGGAAUUUUAUAUGAAACUUUUUAUGAUGCGUGCCGUGAGUUGCACUUAUUGGAGAAUGAUAAUCAAUGGGACAUGACUCUUGCAGAUGCAGCACUGAUUUCAUCUGCACAUCAAAUUCGACAAUUAUUUGCAAUAAUAUUAACAACAUGUUUUCCAUCAGAUGCAUCUGCACUAUGGAAUACACAUAAAGACCCAAUGACACCGAGCCGAGCAGCAGUAGAUAUCAUGAACAGCGAUGUUCAACGUGAACACCAGUUUGAUAAAACUGCUUUAGCUACUUUUGUUGCUAAUAAUGAAAUAUUGCUUACUGCCGAGCAACAAAGUGUAUAUGAUCAAAUCAAUACGUCAAUUGAGGCACAGCAGGGCGGAUUCUUUUUUUGGACGCACCCGGAGGCACUGGCAAAACAUUUAUUAUUUCACUGA